AUGCUCCAAGGACUUCUUGAUGGGCUAUGCAAGCCAGAAGUCCUUCGUGGGUUACUGAACGCACAAGGUCAGCGUUACGCCAAAGUCUUGCUUCCUAUGCAACAGAUCAUUGAAAUAUCACAUGGUGCGGCAGUCCUUUGUGCGGCGAGGCUUGGAGUAUCCGCACUCCUCAACAUGAGAAAGGAGCAUAUCUGUUCAUUGAUACAAAUGAUUAAAGAGAAUUCUUCCUUCUUUUCAUCCCCUGAACUCGAGAAUCUUUUUCGAGAAUACGAUUUUCAACGUCUAAGCGCAGAUCCUUCAAGAUCAGUUCCGAGUGAGCCGCAACUAUUUACAUCAACGGCCCAUGUCGCGGCGGAGAAAAGUCAUGAUAGAAUUCGUGCUCAAGGCACCCAAGACCUUGGAAGUUCAGGACCGAAAAUCUCCACAAAGAUGCAAGGGUGUUCAGAGUCAAUUUUCCUGCUCUGUAUUGGCACACCCGCUGAUCAAAACAUUGUCAAAGGCGAUAUGCUAGGAGUCCGCCUGAACUUGCUUGAUAUCGAAACACUCCACAAAGAUGUAGCAGCCAUCUUGGACAAAAAAGAACUAGAUCAGAUGAGACGGACCUUCGGCAAAACCUUUAUCAAGCGAGAUAAUGAGUAUGAAGUAAUCCAUCAAGCGAUUCUAACCAUGCUAUUCGCUCGUGCCAAGGACCAUGUUGAAGCUGAGUUCAAGUCGUGGAAAUGGCUGGUAUUCAAUGUACAAGAAAAUACUUUGCUGAACCACAUUAUGGAAAAGAAAACAUCAAGCGUCUUGAUUCUGCUGGCAAACACGCAGCAUGAUUGGGAAGAGUUGUCGAUGGCCGACCUUUACAGCCAUCUUCAAAUGCUGUCAGCAGGCCAUGGGAGCCUUUCUAUCUGUCCAAGUGAGACGGAGAGCCGGUCGGCAGCUUGCAAAAUUGCAGAUAUACGCAUUCUGGAUAUGAUUGCUCGAGAUGCUGAUUGGAAGUACUCUUACCGUCCAAGGACUUGCUUCGGCAUGGGGAAAUGUACUUUGCCUAGUACACUCGUCAAGCGGAUGGUGACCAAACGUGGCUAUAGUUGUGGUGGUGCUGAUGUUAAAAUCGUUGAAAGCACGACGCGUGACAACCUUCAAUGUAUUGAAACUCCACGAUCCGACUCAGAGCCCUCCGACCUCCCGCCCGACAUAAGACAGCCAAGGUUUUUUCAUCAGGAGUAUAUCGAAUCGUUGCAAAAGUUAGGCGAGUAUCGCGUCUUUAUCUCACGACGCCAGGUUCUUGAGAUCGCGUUUACAACAGUCAAUCAUGACAUGGAGCCUCCACAUUUCGCCGCUGAAAAGGCGACACCAAAUCACUUCAAAUGGUUCUCGGAUGAUCCUGAGAAGCGAAGACAAAAGCUGGAAGAAUUAAAGGACUUUGCAUUGUAUCAAAACUCCCGUCUCCUGGACCAUCCCGACAAUAUGGAGAAGUUCGGAUCCGUUCACGUCGGGAUACGCCUGGAUAUCGGAGUUUCCGAACUAAACGGCGAUGGAAGGUUUUUUGUCUCUGAACCUACAAGAUUUCCUAUGGCAGACCAGCUAUCUAACCUUAUUCUUGAUCGGCCACAUGUUUCUAUUGCAAAAGACUGGGGGGAAUCAAUGAUCGAGCAACAUAGACGCCGCAUUAGGGGCAAAAAGCAGAUAUAA